ACAGGCCCCAGAAUCCUUCGCGGUUCCCCUUGCCUGGGGUCAGUCUCCUAGGCAACCCCGCUAAACAAGAUGGCGACCUCCGAGAGGGCUCUCCUGAGGACCAGAGCUGCCUCUCUCCUGAGAGGCUUGGGUAGAUCCCGAACUGGAGCCCGAUCGUUACAGUUUCGCGCAGAAAAAGAGCGUCAGCGUUGCUGGUCUUCUUUUCCCAUGGGGCAGAAGACGAAAGGCAGGUCUAACAUAGCCUCCUCCUACCUGCUCCAGCAGCUCAUGCACAGCUAUCCGGAGCUGGACGCGGACGGAGACGAGGACCAGGGCGAGGGCGAGGCGGUAUCCGAGGAGUCCUCAGAGUCCGAAAUGCUGAAUUUGGAGGAGGAAUUUGAUGGGGUCCUGAGAGAGGAGGCUGUGGCCGAAGCACUCCAUCACUUGGGGCGCUCAGGCUCUGGGACUGAGCAAGUCUACCUCAAUCUAACUUUAUCAGGUUGUAAUUUCAUUGAUGUUAGCAUUCUCUGUGGAUAUGUUCACCUACAGAAGUUGGAUCUUUCAGCGAAUAAAAUUGAAGAUUUAUCUUGUGUGAGUUGUAUGCCUUAUCUCCUAGAACUUAAUGUUUCUCAAAAUAAUUUGACUACAUUCUUCAAUUUCAAGCCACCCAAAAACCUCAAGAAAGCGGAUUUUUCCCACAACCGAAUUUCUGAAAUUUGUGAUUUGUCGGCGUAUCAUGCUCUCACUACACUAAUUUUGGAUGGCAAUGAGAUAGAAGAAAUCAGUGGACUAGAGAUGUGCAACAAUCUAACUCACCUUAGUUUGGCCAACAACAAGAUCACGACAAUUAAUGGCUUAAACAAGUUACCAAUCAAAAUACUUUGUCUGAGCAAUAACCAGAUUGAGACGAUCACAGGUUUGGAGGAUCUGAAAGCCCUGCAGAACCUCGAUCUGUCCCACAAUCAGAUAAGCAGUCUCCAAGGCUUAGAGAAUCAUGACCUCCUGGAAGUGAUCAACCUGGAGGAUAAUAAGAUUGCUGAGCUGAGAGAAAUAGAAUACAUUAAAAAUUUACCCAUCCUUCAAGUUCUCAAUCUUCUAAAAAAUCCAAUUCAGGAAAAGUCUGAAUAUUGGUUCUUCGUAAUUUUUAUGCUUCUGCGGUUAACAAAAUUAGAUCAGAAGAAGAUUAAAGUGGAAGAAAAGGUUUCAGCAGUGAACAAAUAUGAUCCUCCCCCUGAAGUGGUUGCAGCUCAAGACCACCUGACCCAUGUUGUCAACAGCAUGAUACAGCCGCAGAGGAUCUUUGACAGCACUCUUCCCAGCCUGGAUGCCCCUUAUCCUAUGCUGAUACUAGCUGGUCCUGCAGCUUGUGGGAAACGAGAACUUGCCCAUUGCCUCUGCAGACAGUUUAGCACUUACUUCAGAUACGGGGCCUGUCAUACCACAAGACCGCCUUACUUUGGAGAAGGGGAUCGAGUUGAUUAUCAUUUUAUCUCUCAAGAAGUUUUUGAUGAAAUGGUAAACAUGGGGAAAUUCAUUCUAACAUUUAGUUAUGGUAAUCACAAGUAUGGAUUAAAUAGGGACACCAUAGAAGGUAUCGCAAGAGAUGGUUUGGCAAGCUGUAUUCAUAUGGAAAUAGAAGGUGUAAGAAGUUUGAAAUAUUCCUAUUUUGAGCCUCGUUAUAUCCUGGUGGUGCCCAUGAACAAGGAAAAAUAUGAGGGAUAUUUGCGGAGAAAAGGAUUAUUCAGUCGUGCAGAAAUUGAAUUUGCUGUCUCCAGAGUGGACCUUUAUAUUAAAAUUAAUCAGAAUUUUCCGGGAUAUUUUGAUGCAGUAAUCAAUGCAGAUGAUCUGGAUGUUGCCUACCAAAAACUGAGUCAGCUCAUUAGAGAAUACCUUGGAUUGACUGAGGAACCUGCCAAGAGUUUGGCUACAACUGCAGAUGCUAAGACAUCCCACCUGAAAUCUGAAGCGCAUCCUACAACGUAUGUUUCUGCGAAUAUGGGUGAUUUCCUGCAUUCUACAGACAGAAACUACCUUGUUAAAUUAUGGGCCAAACUUUCAGCCAAAAAAACACCAGCGGAAAGAGAUUCUAUACACAGACAGCAUGAGGCAGCCCGGCAAGCUCUAAUGGGAAGGAUACGCCCUGAUCACACACUCCUAUUUCAAAGGGGUCCAGUACCAGCACCUCUCACCAGUGGUCUACACUAUUAUACAACUUUAGAAGAACUCCAGAAAAGUUUUGAUCUUUGUGAAGACUAUUUUAAACCUCCAUUUGGACCAUAUCCUGAAAAGAGUGGGAAGGAUUCCUUGGUUUCCAUGAAAUGUUCAUUGUUUCGGUUCUGUCCGUGGUCAAAAGAAUUGCCUUUCCAGCCUCCAGAUGGGAGCAUUUCUUCAUGCCUAGGAUCAGAAGACAGUGACAGUGAGACUGGAGAGACCCUGAAAGCACUACCUAUACAAUCAUUUUCACAUGAAAAAGAGUCUCACCAACACAGACAACACUCGGUCCCAGUCAUCAGUCGCCCGGGUUCCAACGUCAAACCCACUCUCCCUCCAAUCCCUCAGGGCCGCAGGUAGACUAGCACUUGAUGUCUGAUCCUAACAUGGAAAACCUGCUCUGCUGAUGUCAAAUUCCUUGCCUUACCUGGCCAUGGGUCCAGCUGUUUCUCACUCAACCCAUUACCCACGGAAGAAUGUUCUACCUGCCUUAAUUCUCUCAAUCAUUUUCUUUUGUGAUUCUUUGGCUGGUGUCUUUUGGUUUUUUAAUUAAAAAAUUCUUUCUUAAAUUAUUUUUAAAGAUGAGGUUUUUUGUUAAAUGUGAGUUAUUCUUAGCUUUUAAAAAUGUCAUUUCAUUUUUUUUCUAUAGCUAUAAAUAAUUUUUUCCAGCUGCUCCCUGCUCAGAAAUAUCAGAUGGGAAAAUCUCCCAAGAUCUCUGCACUGCAAUACACAGAGUGGCUUUCUGAUAUAACCAACUGGGAUUGUGCUCUUAAAAUUUCAAUAUGUCCAUUUACAACAUUCCUGUAUGCUCUAGAGGAUUGAUUUAUUUUCUUCUGAUUAUGAAAAGAUUGCAGAGUUCCAUUUAACUUGUCACCAACAUGGUAUCGACUGUAUCUCUCAUAAGGAAUUAAUGUAAUUUUGGGGGGUUCUUGACUUGCUUUAGCAACAUGAAAGAAUAAAGAGUAACAGUUGAUUCUUUUA